AUGUUGGCAAACAAUUCGGAUCACUUCUUCUCCCCUCCCAUGGUCGCGCCGCUUUACACGACAGACUCUGGGCUCCUCUUCCACGCUGGGAAGAUCCUCAUCGUCACUGUUGGUCUCCCAGCCCGGGGCAAAACUCACAUUUCCCGUGCACUUGAGCGUUACCUCCGAUGGAUGGGUGUAAAGACCGAGGUAGUCUCGUUAGGAGAUUACCGUAGGAAGACACUCGGGGGAGCACAGAGACUGCCAUCGGACUACUUCACUUUGGGGGAGAAGACAGAUGAGACCAAGGCAUUGAGAAUGAAAGUCUCGAAUGGCUGCGAGGAUCUCAUCUGGGAGUUCUUCACUGGGGGCGGACAGGUCGUUAUUUACGACGCCAACAACGGGACACGGGCCGCUCGACAAGCACUGGCGACUAAAUUCGACAAAGCUGGGAUCCAUGUUAUCAUGCUUGAAUCCCUGUGCGAUAACCAAGAAAUUAUCGAGCGGAAUAUUCGCAGCGUCAAGAUCUCCUCCCCUGAUUACCGUUCUUGGGACCCAGACAAAGCCGUAGAGGACUACUAUGGUCGCAUUAGAGACCACGAAAAGUACUACGAACCUGUUGAGGAGACGACCUGGCCAUUCAUCCGUAUUAUCAACGCAAGUUGGCGAAAAGAUCAUGGUCAACAACAUUCAAGGCUACCUUCAAUCCCGGAUAGUUUUCUUCCUCAUGAACAUCCACAACCAAUACCGAACAAUAUACUUCGCUCGAGUGCGUCUGGACAAUCUCUCAUUGAGCACUCAUACAAAGCGGACUCAGAUUUGUCUCCUGCAGGAUGGGAAUAUGCGGAGCGUCUGAAAGACUUUGUCCAGGAACGACGGGCUAAGCAAGGUCUCUUGGAUCGCAAAUUAGUGAUCUGGACUUCCACGCGCCGACGAGCUCACCACACCGCCUGGCCGUUUAUUUCUGCAGCUCAGGCCUCCGCGACACCUUCCUCUCCUCCUGUUUCCCCAACCAGCCCUUUAACAAUGACAACAGAUCUCCCGACGGACCGCUCGGCUCCUCCGUUGAACGUCAAGGUUAUGGAGAAGCCCCAGAUGGCGGAAAUAAACCCUGGAGUUUGGGACGGCCUUUCUCCCGAGCAGGCGAGAAAAUACUAUCCUUCCGACUGGGAAGGUUUUACGAAGGACCCGUAUACCUUCCGGGCGCCAAGAGCAGAGAGUUAUCACGAUCUCGGGGUUCGCAUUGAGCCCAUUUUGAUCGAGUUAGAGCGAGAACGCGAAGACCUGCUCAUCAUUGGCCACGCGUCGGUAAUCCGCUGCCUGUUGGCUUAUCUUAUCGGCCUUCCCGCCUCUGAAAUCCCCGCCAUCGAAAUCGCGCGGGGCGACCUGUUAGAGGUCGUGCCUGCGUCGUACGGCGUCCACAGCACUGCGUUCCAUUUCUGGGAUGGCCCAGGUCGGCUGGGAGAAGGCGGCGCAGAGGGCAGAGACGAGAGUAACUUCUAUGAAAAUUACGCGGAGGACACACGCGGCAAGACAUUGCGGAGGAUCGUGCCCGUGCAGGUCAUCGAGUCGGUGUUGCCCCCCACAACCGAAAGGAGUACGUGA